AUGCUUUCGUGUUACCUGUCUUUAAACAUCCAAGCCUGCUUGGAAGCCAUUGCUGAAUGUACCAAAAUGUUCAGAAACCUCAUGAACGUCCAACCUUCAACUCCUCAAUUAGGCAGAGUAAACAUGUAUUCCUCAGAAUCGCCCUGCACUGCGGUAGAAACAGAAGAGCAAAAUGUUGGCCUAACACCCAAGGAUUUGACCACUGAAGUUUACUUCCCUUCAGUCAAAUUCAGAUCAGACCUUCCAGAAUUUGUCUAUGUAAGUCAGUGUUUCAAGCACCCCAAAUGUGUAGGAGAAUAUGAAUCCAAGAAAGGAUAAGAGAGACAACAAGAAUGCACAAUUUUGCCUCCAAACAUGAUGCUUUUAAGGUUAGCUGGCUGCUUUCUAAAAUCUACCAAAAUUCCCAUUUUGGGAAUUGCUAUGUGACAAAGUUCUGCCACUGUGGUAUUGGGACCACUUGCUCAUAGAGUUACAGUUCUUGCCUUCCAGGAAUCCAUCAUGGUAAGAAAGAGACUCGAGAUGGUUCAUUUUUUUUUUUAAAGCUACAAGGAAAUCAAGUCUAUGACAUACUUAUUCUCACAUUUACCGAAACAGGCCAAACUCAGAACUAAACAAUGAAAAUGAAAAUUAAUCAGGGACUCCCAUGGGCCUCACAUAUGGCAAUUUUGGAUCUGUUUUUAUUGUUUUUUUUACUAUCAUAGUUGUUUUUCUUACUCAUUUUCUUUGGUUGAAUACACCACUGUAAAAUGAUGGGUGGUGGUGGUGGUGAUGGAAAUGAAUAAACCCAUGGAAACAGCAAGACAUCUACAGAGACAAAAUUAGGAAGGAAGGAAACAAAAGGAAUUUCAGUAUCUUUGUGCAAGACCUGCUCACCUCUCCUUGCCAAUACCCCUGGAUCAGACUCGUCUCACUAGGUAGCAGGUGUUUCCUUGACUCUCGGAAAACAAGCCCUGGUCCUCCCGUGCUAUUAAGGAAAGUUGCAUUUGGCACAUAGACGCCAUGCCCUGCCCCACCUUGCUCUCCUUCCCAGAAGAGAGAAAAAUAUCAAGUAGUUGGGAAACGAGUCCGAGAGGAGAGGAGGCUUUAUGCCUUUUCUUAAUUCAUGGGGAUUUAAAGUAAAAACUUUUUUUGACACUAUAAAGUAGGCUUAUAUCCCCUUUAUUGAGUUUUUGUGGAAAAGCCAAAUAGAAAACAAGCGAACAGAUAGAAUAUCAUGCCCCAGAACACCAUUCACCUUGGUAGAAUAGAACCACUUUAACACACAGCACCCUUUUCUUUUCAUACUAGUUAAGAAAUAGCAUUAAGCAUGACUCAAGUCAGAUUUUAAAAACUUGUCUGAUGCCUCUCAUUAAGAAUUGAAAACUAUGUAAGACUGUUGCUCCAGGAAACUGUGUUCUGACAUUUUAAUAGUAUUGCCUUAGCAAGAGCAGAGAAAAAUCCAUGAACUUAGAUUCACAGAAAGUAAAUCAAGAAUCCAUCCAAAAUGGAGAGCCUCUUUCUGAGUGAUGGGGUAGUUUUCAUGUGAGAUGUCAGUGUAGCUUCUAUACUUGACAUGAAAGUUCCCAUUUAAAAAAGUCUAAACUACUGCUCAAUUUUUUUUUUAAUCAAGCCGAGUUAUCUAAAGUGCUUUUCAGAAGAGACUAUUAGGAAAGGAACAGAAAGGAGUCAUUAUGACUAAUCAGCUGUAGGAGUUGGGGUAACCAAUACUACAGGAGGGACUUCAGAGCCACGAGGACCUUUUGGAUGACUCGAAUUCCUUCACUUGAUUGCAGGGGUCCUCUCAGUCCUCUCGAGGGGACACAAUGAGUUAGCAGGCACCAGGACAGAGAGAGUGCACUGCCAGCUGGUCGUUUACUCUCGUACAGGAAGGUGGCUUUUCUUACACACAAUUCUUUGUUGUGCUAAAGAGAAAUAAAUAUAUAAAAGCCUAAAGGUAAGAUUUCCAUUCUUGAAGUCUGGCAAAAUUGUCAGUACAAUGUGCCUUGAGGAUACAUCCACUGUGCUUGCCUUGCGGGGUUGUUGUGGAAGAAUAAGAUCACACUAGAAUAGCCGCCCCGUACACGUCACAGUUUGUAAAGAACUUCCGUAUACAUGUUCUCAGUUGACCCUCACAGCAUCAGUGGGAGGCAGGGAAGGCAGAAGCCAUUAUCUUUUGAGGUGGGGGUGGCCAUGCUGCCGCUGCACCUGUGCGGCUUUUGCCUGACUGACUUGAUUGUGUUGUAUUUUCAAGUAUUUUAUAUUGUACAAGGAUGUUUAUUGAAGCAGUAUUUAUAACAAAGAAAAAUUGGAACCUACCUGAAUGUCUGUUAACAGAGGACUGAUUGAACUAUGGUACAGACCUAGAUAGAACACUACCAUUAAGAAUUAUGACUUAGAGAUACUAGUAAAUAAAUUCGUUGAUGUCAGAGUAUAUCUAUUAAUGAAGAAAAUUGUUCAUGAUAUAUUUAAGCUAGUAAACAAUAGUGGAUGCAUUGUGAUCUUUUUGUGAUAAGAAAAAAUGCACAUGGUAAAAACAGUGUGUGCUGAGAAUAUAUGUGAUACUUGUUUUGUUUUUCACGCUCAUCUAUUACCUCUAAUUUUAGUGUUUAUAAACAUGAAAAAUGAACUAUUGGGCAUUUUCAAGCAGAGUGACUUUUAUAAUAAUAAUGAAUGGACAGGGUGCAGCUCUGCCUCUGGGCCUCCGGGGGAAAGUGGUGCCCUGAAUGUUGGGCACCAGCCUGGGCCUGGCCGGGACCCAUGUCACCCAGAUGGCCCGUGAGGAAGUGAGUUGAGGCGUGGCUUGUGGUGCUGGGGAAAGCAGCAGGGAGCAAGCAAGGGGCACCUGACAGCAGCCACAGAGUGGGGCCAUGAUCACUCCCAGGGCCAAAGGGACAAAAGGAGGAAGCAGAGUCACCAACCCCGGGGGACAGGGGCUGUGCAGGACCUCCACCCCUUGGCCCCCACGGGAGCUGCAGUAGUGAAGCGUCUCAGCCAUGGUCAGACACCAGCGAGGCAGGGGAGACACAGCCCGGCCUCUUUCCUCCUGCCUUCUUGUUCCCGCCAGUGCCUCCCAUAGGCCAGGUCCCCUGGCAGCCCGCGGACAAGGGACUGUGAGUGAGCCAGGGAGGCCGGCGUCUGGCGGCACAGCGGGGCUGUGGGGAAGGGCUGUCUCUCAGUCAGGAACCAAAACACAAUGAAGGAGACUGUUGGGGCACUGUGGGCUGAGUGAUUUGAGUUUUUUGCCUGUGCUCAGAGCUUCAAACGCAUGGAGAUGGGAUUACAGAUCACCUAGCUCCAACUGAGCAUAGAAUUUAUCUGUAGGAUUUUAUACAGAGAUAAAAUUGUGCACCUUUGGACCCCAAUAAUAUCAUCCCUGCUGCUUGGUGGAAAGAGGGGACUGCCAGGCAAAAGAAGACCCUGUUAUCUCAGAUCUGACUCUUGCUUCCUGCUGUCCCAUCUCUGCUCCAUGCCCUCUCCCACUUCAAGGUCCUG